AUGCGGAACGGGAUACCGUCGUGUGGGCACGCUCGUAUUCCUAACUCGCCCUUCCUUCAGACGUCCCUCACGGUUUCUAGGGUUUCGGAUUUUGCGCCUCCCAUGGAUCCCGCCUCCAAGAAGCGGAAGGCCGACGAGAACGGCAAUCUCGCCACUUCGAUUCCGGCGGGGGAACUCACCCUCUCCGACGGGCGCAAGAUUAUUGACGCCUUCUCCCUGGACCAGUUACGUGACAUCGUCGCCGCCGCUAUCUGCCGCGGUGAACCCGGGCUCCUCGCCGAUGUCCGCUCCGUUGCCGAUCUCGACCAGAUCCAGCGAAAGCUUUUCAUCCGCGGCCUCGGGAUGGACACUACCACGGACGCUGUCCGUUCCCUCUUCUCCAUCUACGGAGAGGUCGAGGAGGCUGCCGUUAUUGUCGAUAGAAUCACGGGGAAGAGCAGAGGAUAUGGAUUCGUCACCUUCCGCCACGUCGACGGGGCUCUUCUCGCUCUCAAGGAACCCUCAAAGAAGAUUGAUGGUCGAAUGACCGUAACCCAGCUCGCUGCCGCCGGCUCCUCGGGAUCCGGUGCUACUCAAUUCGUGGAUGUCUCCCAUCGCAAGAUCUAUGUGGCGAAUGUCCCUGCUGAAAUGCCUUCAGACCGCUUGCUCGCUCAUUUUUCCUCGUAUGGGGAGAUUGAGGAGGGGCCUUUAGGAUUUGACAAGCUGACUGGGAAAUUCCGAGGAUUUGCACUUUUUGUGUACAAAACAGCUGAAGGGGCCAGGAAUUCUCUUAUGGAACCUAACAAAAACAUCGAUGGGUACAACUUGGUUUGCAAACUAGCCAUCGAAGGAAAGAAGGGCAAGCCAGGUGCCCCAGUCCCAGGCACUGCUCCUGUGGGAGGGAUUCCAAGCCAGCCUUUGGGUAAUGGCGCUGAUAUGGGUCCUGAUGGGCUUGGAUUAGGUGUGCAGAGCUCUGUCUCAAGCCAAUAUGGUGGACCAGGUGGCAGUUUCAGUUCGUAUGGUGGGUACUCCGGUAAUGCUCUCCCUACCGCUGCUGCUGGACUGAGUCACCAUCCUAAUAUACGCUCAUCAUUUCCAUCCUCAGUUGGUGCAGUCACUCCAGCUCUGUCAGUUGGUAGUCAAAUGCCUUCAGGUGGAAGUUAUGGUAUAGGUUCUGGUAGUUAUGGUGCUGUUCUCGGGUCUUCUUCUCAGUAUGGUGGCCCUGGCUCUGGUGGCUACGGAGGUUAUGGUAUGAGUUCAUAUGGAAUGCCUCCGAACCCUGGUGGAAUGCCUUCAGGUGGUUUUCAUGACAGCGGGCAUUAUCCUCUAUCUUCGUCAGUGUAUCAGAAUCAUCAUCACCAGCCAGCAGGUUCCUCUCCUGGACAGAAGGCUUCAAGUGGAGGUGUAUAUCCGAAUGUUCCACAUUACUACUAAGAUUUGACAAUGGGUAGAAUUUUAGCCUCUACAUUCGUGGUCAUGCUCGUGGCAAGUUCCAGGUCAGCCAUAGAGGCCUCCAUGGACUCUGCCAUGCCCGUGGCAAACUCUGAUAGACUUCGACAACAGCCACAAAGGCCGCCAUGGGCUUUGCCAUGUCUGUGGCAAACUCUGACAACAGCCAUAGAGGUUGGCACGGACUGCACCACACCCAUGUCACGCUCAUGGUCAUGCCUGUGGCAGAUUCGAGGAAUUGUUGUUGCUGUGCCUUUAUUAUGAUCUAGAGGAAUGACUUACACUUCAUCUAUGCUACAUGAGAAUAUCUAAUGCAGUAAGGAAUUCAUUGGAU